CAAUGGCGUUGAAGUUUUUCAUUUCUCUGGUCUUGUUUGGUGCUGCUUCGGUCACAUGUGCUGAAGUUCAUGAACAUGGAUCAACAGCUGAUCUAUAUGAUAGAGCUAUAACUGAAGUUUGGAGGAGUUCCGACAGAAAUGAAGAUGGUGUCUUUUCUACAGGAGAGAUGCUUUUGGGUUUCGCUAAUUUUGACGAAAAUAGUGACGGUCGAGUUUCCCGUAAAGAAUACGUAGACUUUGUCGUUCAUCCCAAUCCGGAAUUAAAGGAAUUCAGCCACUAUCUGUUUAACAGCUAUGACGUCAAUUCAGACCACCAUAUUGAUGGCAAUGAUUUCGCUGGACUCCAGAGGGCCAUGGAUUUAGACCAUGACGGUGUUGUAUCAAAAACAGACUUUUAUCACUACUGGUAUCAGCUGCUUCAAGAUACGGCUCAUCUACAUGGUCAUGGUUCCCAUUUAACCGGUUAAAGGUCCAAGGAGGUGGUCAUGUAUCGCUUUAAUUCAUAAUAAAAUCCAAAG